AUGUCUGGUUCCGACGCCGCUCCCAACAAUGGGUUGGAGGACAUAAUUCUACGACAAGAACAUGAGAUUCGAAUGCUCAGAGAGGAACUGGAGAAAUCCCAGCGCCAAGUCAAAGACCUUCAGAGCAAGGUUCGCCAAAACGUUGUCAAUUAUGGGCGUAAAAUCAAACGUCAGAUUGGGAAGAUGAAAAAAGAGAAGGUGAUGAUGGAGAGUCAAUUGGAGGGAACGAAAGAGAAGAUGGCAGCUGCGAAUGAAGGGAUCAAAAAGCUGGGUAAGGCAAUAUCCACCCUCAAUAAGGCGUUCAACGACACUCUGGAUGUCUGGGGACAAAAGGGAGAGCAGGAUCGUCACUGA